AUGUCAUUAGAACUAUGGCUUUUAUCUCUGAUAUCCAUCAUAACAACCUUAGUCAUAGUAACAUUCAUACUCCUGAUUGUAAUGUACCUUACCACAGAUCCAUAUCCGAACCUAUCCAGAAGCAGUACAGAAGAAUGUUUUUAUGAUCCGGAUAAAUCUGAAUAUAUUAAGUUAAAAUUUGGGCUUACUGAAAGACCAGAAAAAGAAUUAUCGGUAAUAAUUCCAGCUUACAACGAAGUUGAACGCCUUCCCGCAAUGUUGACUGAAACAUUAGAUUACCUUCAUAAACGAAAAGAUUCAAAUAAAAAGUUCACAUUUGAAAUAAUUAUCGUGAAUGAUGGUAGUAAAGAUCAUACAUUAGAAAUUGCUCACAAAUAUUGCAAACUCGAGGGUUCAGAUACACUUCGUGUAAUAUCUUUAGAUCGAAAUCGUGGAAAAGGUGCUGCAGUCAGAAUAGGAAUGCUUUCUGCACGUGGUCGGAUACUUCUGUUCGUAGAUGCAGAUGGUGCGACUCAAUUUUCCGAUAUUGAAAAACUGGAGGAAGCCUUAGCAUCAUCUGUAGCUAAUAGAUGGAAUGGUGGCAUGGCGGUGAUAUGUGGUUCUAGAGCACAUUUAGAAGAACAGGCACUCGCUAAACGUCAUCCAUUAAGAAAUCUGCUCAUGUAUGGAUUUAAGCUAUUUGUUUGGCUUGUGUGUGUUCGUGGAGUUCGUGAUACACAAUGUGGAUUUAAAUUGUUUAGUCGACCUGCUGCUCGUUUGUUAUUUCAUAAUUUACAUGUUGAUCGCUGGGCUUUUGAUGUAGACUUGUUAUAUUUAGCUCGGCAUUUCGAUAUGAAUAUUGUUGAAAUACCUGUGCAUUGGCAGGAAAUUCCAGGUUCGAAACUGGUCCCAAUUUUCUCAUGGAUUCAAAUGGCAAAAGAUUUGCUUAUGAUUCGUUUGCGAUAUUCAUUAGGGGCAUGGAAAAUUGACCCAGUUUACACUUGA